AUGACAUUACUAGAGAUGCAAGCAGAUGUGCUACAAAGGUUUUCAGUGAGUGUAUCUCUUGGGCAAUGCCAAAGAGCAAGGGCUACUGCAAUGGGGAUGAUAGAAGGGAAGUUAGAAGAUCACUAUGCCAAGAUUUGGGACUAUGCAGCUGCAAUUAGGUUGAGUAAUCCGGGUACAACUUGCUUGGUGGGGGUAGAAAGUAAUCCGGGGUUUAACUAUUUCAAAAGGUUCUAUGUGGGCUUCAAGGCUUUCAGAGAUGGAUGGAGCAGAGGAUGUAGAAGGGUAAUAAGACUAGAUGGUAGUUUCUUGAAGGGGCAGGUAAAGGGGGAGAUUUUAACUGCUAUUGGGAGGGAUGCAGACAACCAUGUCUACCCAAUAGCAUGGGCAGUCGUGAAUGUUGAGAAUAAGGACAACUGGACCUGGUUCAUUGAUAAUUUGGUUGCUGAUUUGGAUCUUGGUGCUGGCAAUGGAUUGGUUGUUAUCUCAAACCAACACAAGGGACUUUUACAGGCUGUGGUAGACCUACUCCCUAAUGUUGAGCACAGACAAUGUGCUAGAAACAUCUUUGCAAACUUUACAAAGAAAUUCACAGGAUUAGAGCUAAAGAGUUUGUUCUGGGAAGCUGCUAUGAGUACAGUGGAAGGGGACUUUCUUGCUACAAUGGAGAAGAUAAAGAAGAUAACAGAAACAGGAUAA